AUGUUAUCAGAAUCUAUCUAUCUAUCUAUCUAUCUAUCUAUCUAUCUAUCUAUCUAUACACACACAGAGAGGUACCUGACAACUUUUCUCUCAGUACCUGACUCUUCUCUCAUUAGAUGGCAUUUUUACUUACAGUACCUGGCACUUUAUAUCUCUCUAUCACCUUCUCUCUCAUACCUGACACUUUAUCUCUCUCUAUCACCUUCUCUCUCAGUACCUGACAUUUUUCUCUCAGUACCUGACACUUUAUCUCUCUAUCACCUUCUCUCUCAGUACCUGACACCUUUUCUCUCAGUACCUGACACUUUAUCUCUCUCUAUCACCUUCUCUCUCAAAGUCGCCUUUUCUCUCACUAUCUGUCACCUUUUCCCUCAGUACCUGACACCUUGUUUCACUCUAUCACUCCUCUGUCAGUACAGGUUUUCCCUCACUGUUCCUUUUCUCUCAGUACCUGACACCUUUUCUCUCAUUAUCUGUCACCUUCUCUCUCAGUACCUGAUACCUUUUCUCUCAUUGUCACAAUUUUCUCUCAAUUCCUUACACCUUUUCUCACACUAUCUGUCAAAUUUUUUCUCAGUACCUGACACCUAUCCUCUCUAUCUAUCACAUUCUCUCUCAGUACCUGACACCUUUUCUCUCACUAUUUAUCACCUUCACUCUCAGUACCUGACACCUUUUCUCAAACUAUCUGUCACCUUCUCUCUCAUACCUGACACCUUGUUUCAUUAUCUAUCACCUUCUCUCUCAGUACCUGACACCUUUUCUCUCAUUAUCUGUCACCUUCUCUCUCAGUGCCUGACACCUUUUCUCUCACUAUCUGUCACCUUCUCUCUCAUACCUGACACCUUUUCUCUCACCAUUUAUCACCUUCUCUCUCAGUACCUGACACCUUUUCUCUCACCAUUUAUCACCUUCUCUCUCAUACCUGACACCUUUUCUCUCACCAUCUGUCACCUUCUCUCUCAGUACCUGACACCUUUUCUCUCACUAUCUGUCACCUUCUCUCUCAUUUCUUCUUCAUUCACUUUUUCUUCACAUGUUUUCCUUUCUCUCUGUGCUUUUUCAUUCUGUUUUUCUCUUUCACUCUCACUUUAUUGCUCUUCUCUCUCUUCCUGUUUCUUCUUCACUCACAUUCUCUUCCUGUUUUUCUUUCUACAUUUUUCUUUCUUUAUCUCCUCUCUUCCUAGCUCUAUCCUCGUUUCUUCUCUCUCUCUCUCUCUCUUUUGUUUUCCAUUCUCUCUCUUUCUAUUUCUUCUUCACUCUCAUUCUCUUUCUGCUUUCCCUUUCUCCAUUUCUCUUUCCCUCCCUCUUUGUUUCUCGUUUCUUCUUCUUCGUUCUUUCUGUUUCUUCAUCACUUGA